AGUCUUCACUAUAAACAAUGGCUGAAAUUGUUCUUUCUGCAUUCUUGACGGUAGUCUUUGAAAAACUUGCCUCUGAAAGCUUGAAGAAGAUCGCUCGCUCCAAGGGAGUUGAUUCUGAGCUAAAGAAAUUGAAGAGGUCAUUAGACCAGAUCCAAGAUCUGCUUAAUGAUGCUUCUCAGAAGGAAAUAGCUAAUAAAGUUGUUAAAAGAUGGCUAAAUGGUCUCCAACAUUUGGCUUAUGACAUAGACGACCUACUUGAUGAUUUGGCAACUGAAGCUAUUCAUCGUGAGUUGACCGGUGAAUUUGGAGCCUCAACCAGAUUGGUAAGAAAGCUAAUCCCAACUUGUUUCAUAAAUUUCCCACUAAGUACCAGGAUGCACAAGUUAGAAAAUAUUACCCUCAAGCUACAAGAACUGGUAGCGGAAAAAGAUAAUCUUGGUUUAAGUGUAAAAGGUGAUAGCCCAAAACAGAUGAACAGAAGAUUACAAACCUCUUUGAUAGAUGCAUCUACCAUUGUUGGACGUGAAGGUGAUAAGGAUGCAUUGAUCCAUAAGCUACUGAAGGAUGAACCAAGUGACAGGAACUUUAGCAUUGUGCCCAUAGUUGGUAUGGGUGGGGUGGGUAAGACCACUCUAGCUAGACUUUUGUAUGACGAGAUGCAAGAGAAGGAUCGCUUUGAACUCAAGGCAUGGGUUUGUGUUUCUGAUGAGUUUGAUAUCUACAAUAUAAGCAAAAUUAUCUUACAAUCGAUAGGUGGUGGAAACCAAGAAUUCACGGACUUAAACCUGCUUCAAGUAGCUUUAAAAGAGAAGAUUUCAAAGAAACGGUUUCUUCUUGUUCUUGAUGAUGUUUGGAGUGAAAGCUAUUCCGAUUGGGAAAUUCUAGCACGUCCAUUUCUUGCAGGGGCACCAGGAAGUAAGAUUAUCAUGACGACCCGGAAGCUGUCGUUGCUAACCAAACUCGGUUACAAUCAACCUUACAACCUUUCGGUUUUGUCACAUGAGAAUGCUUUGUCUUUAUUCUGUCGACAUGCAUUGGGUGAAGAUAACUUUGAUUCACAUCCAGCACUUAAACCACAUGGCGAAGGCAUUGUUGAAAAGUGUGAUGGUUUGCCAUUGGCUUUGAUCGCACUUGGUAGGCUGUUGAGGACAAAAACAGACAAGGAAGAAUGGAAGGAACUAUUGAAUAGUGAGAUAUGGGGGUCAGGAGAGGGAGAUGAGAUUGUUCCAGCUCUUAGACUAAGCUACAAUGAUCUUUCUGCCUCUUUGAAGCAGUUGUUUGCAUACUGCUCCCUGUUCCCCAAGGACUACAUGUUCAAUAAGGAGGAGUUAGUUCUAUUGUGGAUGGCAGAAGGGUUUUUGCACCAAUCAGCCACCAACAAGACAAUGGAACGCUUGGGUCAUGAAGGUUUUGACGAGUUGUUGUCAAGAUCAUUUUUUCAACAUGCACAUGAUGACGAAUCGUUGUUUGUGAUGCAUGACCUGAUGAAUGACUUGGCCGCAUCUGUUGCUGGAGAUUUCUUUUCAAGGUUGGACAUUGAGAUGAAGAAGGAAAUUAGGAAGGAAGCUUUGGAAAAGUACAGGCAUAUGUCAUUUGUUUGUGAGGAUUACAUGGUUUACAAAAAGUUUGAGGCAUUUAAAGGAGUUGGAAAUUUGAGAACAUUCUUAGCCCUGUAUUCUGGAAAAAAAGAAAGUUGGAGAACUUUUUACUUAUCAAACAAGGUCCUGGAUGACUUACUUCACGAGUUACCUUUGUUAAGGCUCCUGAGUUUGUGCCAACUUAGCAUAAGUGUGGUACCUGAAUCCAUUGGUAGUUUGAAGCACCUGCGGUAUCUUAAUUUAUCUCAAACUCUAAUCACAUAUUUACCAGAUAAUGUCUGCAACCUUUAUAAUUUACAGACUUUGAUUGUUUCUGGCUGUUAUAGUUUGAAAAAAAUUCCCAUGAGCCUCUCAAAGCUUAAAAAUUUGCGGCAUUUUGACAUGAGGGACACUCCACUUAUAAAGAAGAUGCCCUUAGGGAUUCUUCAAUUGAAAAGCCUACAAACUCUCUGUGGGAUCUUUAUUGAAGGAGACAACAAAUUUUCAAUAACUGAGCUUAAAGACUUAAAGGAUCUCCAAGGGAAAAUUUCCAUUAAGGAGUUGGAAAAAGUACAAAGCGCAAUGCAUGCACAUGAAGCGAGUUUGUCCCAAAAGAGGCUAAGUGAGUUGGAGGUGGAAUGGAGUAAUGUAUUUGAUGUUUCUCGAAAUGAAACACUUGAAAAGGAGGUCCUGAAUGUGCUGAAGCCUUGUAGUGAUAAUCUAAAAAAGCUCAGAAUUGUGUCAUAUGGAGGUAUAGAGUUUCCAAGUUGGGUUGGGGAUCCCUUGUUUGUUCGGCUGACUCAUGUUUCGAUAAGAGGUUGUAAAAGGUGUACUUCUCUACCGACACUUGGGCAGUUACCAUUACUUAAGGAGUUGUUUAUUGCAAAGAUGAAUGGGGUAAAAUUUGUGGGUCUGGAGUUGUUUGGGACUGGUCGUGCUUUCCCUUCACUUAAAACUCUACGUUUUGAAAACAUGAAUGGGUGGGAGGUAUGGUCGACCAAUAAUAGUGGGUUACUUGCGGAUACAACAUUUCCAUGCCUUAAAGAGCUUCGUAUUGCAUAUUGUCCAAAUUUGGUUAGAGUCUCACUCGAAGCAUUACCUUCACUGAGGGUUCUAACGAUUUGUGGUUGUGGCCAUGAAGUGUUAAGAAGUUUGGUUCGUCUAGCUUCAUCAGUCACGGAGUUGAAUAUAACAGAUAUUUCAGGACUUAAUGAUCAGGUGUGGGGAGGUGUUAUAGAGCAUCUUGGGGCUGUUGAAGAACUAAGCAUCUCAAGGUGUAAUGAAAUAAGAUACUUGUGGGAAUCAGAAGUAGAGGCAAGUAAUGUUCUUGUGAAUUUAAGGAAGGUGGAAGUAUCUUAUUGUUCGAAUUUGGUGAGCUUAGGAGAGAAAGAGGAUAAUUGUGGGAGCAACCUAACGUCUCUUACAACCUUAACCAUAUGGAAUUGUAAAAGCUUGGAGCAUUGCAGCUGUCCAAAUAGCGUUAAGUCACUUUCCAUCUCGUAUUGUGAUAAAUUAUUGGAAAAGGAGUUGGUAGGAGGACAAGAGAAGCCUCUGAUCAACUCAAACAUACAGAUGCUUGAAUCUGUAUUGAUAACUCAUUGUCGCAGUCUGAAAUCGAUCACUGAAUUGAGUUUCUUCAAUCACCUUAGUGAGCUCUACAUAAUCAAUUGUCCAAAUAUUGAGACAUUUCCUGACCCCGAGUUGCUGAAACUCAAUGUCUUAACAGUUCUGAAAAUAGUAGGUUGUCAAAGUAUGGAUGCUUCCUUUUCUCAUGGGCUUUGGCCUCCAAAAUUGUGCCGCCUUGAAAUAGGGGGGCUGAAGAAGCCCAUUUCAAAGUGGGGCCCACAGACUUUUCCAACCUCACUUGUGAGCCUAGGUUUAACAGGUGGACAGUCAGAAGAUGUGAGUAAUUUCAGUCGGUUGUCCCAUCUUCUUCCUUCAUCUCUUACAUCUCUUGACAUAAUUGGAUUUGAGAAAGUGGAAUCAGUUUCAAUGGGACUCCAACACCUCACCUCCCUCCAGAAUCUCAACAUUAUUAACUGCCCUAAGGCAACAGAUCUACCAGAAAUGUUGCUGCCUUCACUUUUGAGUUUGAGAAUUAUCGGAUGCCCAAAUCUGAAAGAAAGGAGUAGUAAAAGAGGCUCAUACUUUCUCCUCAUCUCACGUAUCCCCUACACCAGCAUACUCUAAGCAGUUACAAAGUUACGCUGGAGGUCGCGUUGCUUUAUGAAAUUUGAGAAAUUGAAAUCAGUUUCAAUGAGACUCCAAAACCUCACUCCUCUCCAGGAUCUCGCUGUUGAAAACCGCCCAAAGAUGAGAUGAUACAUCAACUGAAAGUGUUUCUGCCUUCACUUUCGAGUUUGAGAAUCUACCGAUGCCCAGAACUGAAAGAAAGAGUAGCAGAAGAGGCUCCUACUGGCCCCUAAUCUCCCAUAUCCCCUGGGAAUUACAAAAUUAAUAUGAGGGGAAGCCCAUUCCUCUGUCAUUGACCUCUUGUAGUUUUCAGAUGAAUAUACGCAUAAAUUAGAUAUUAGAUUUUUCUUUCACUCAUAAAGAAGACUUCAGAGAUUAUCCAAGCUAAAGUAUGUAAUCAUAAAUGAUAUGUUUUUGUCCUGGUAUCAGAAAAUCC